AUGUGCACUAGAUCAGCAUCUACAGUAGAGUCCUGCACAAAUAUUAGAGAGUCGUUGAUCGAGUUGGAGAAAUACAUAAACGGAGCACUCGCCAAGUGUCAUCAACAACUUCCUGGUGUAAAUACACGUUGCUCUGAUUCAUCCAAACGAAUCAUUUCAAUUUGCCCACAACAACCCUCUUGUUGCGGAUCGAGUGUUACGCAGACUCCUUGCUGCUCAAGUUCAUGUGAACAAACCACAUCUACUUGUUCGCAAGACACAUUCUACUCUGAUUUCAAAGCGUGUUUGGAAACGUUACUGAAAUAUCUAGACAGUGGACUCGCCAAAUCCAGUCAAUCAUGUGCCGAAGUGACUUCAUGCUGCUCUGAUCCAUGCAAAUCAACGGCUUCAUCCUGCCAACAAGCACAAACUCGCUGCAAAAUGAGUGCUGCGCGGACUACCUCCUGCUCCAAUUCAUGUGGACAAACCACAUCAACUUGUUCACAAAACGCAUCCAACUCUGAUUUCAAAGAAUGCUUGGAGAAGUUACUGAAAUAUCUAAACAGUGGACUUGCCAAAUCCAGUCAAACAUGUACCGAAGGGACUUCAAGCUGCUAUGAUCAAUGCAAAUCAAUGGCAUCAUCCUGCCAACAAGCACAAACUCGCUGCAAAAUGAGUGCUGCGCAGAAUACCUCCUGCUCCAAUUCAUGUCAACAAACCAAAACAACUUGUUCACAAGACGCAUCCAACUCUGGUUACAAAGAAUGCUUGGAAAAGUUGCUAAAAUAUCUAAAUAAUGAAAUUGGCCAGUACCCUCAAACUUGUGUUGGGACGACUCCAUUCUGCUGCAAUCAACAAGUCAAACAAACAAAUUCAUGCUCUAAUCAAUCGAAGUCUUCAGUUAGAACUUCAAGCAACAGAUGCAAUUCACCCAAGCCAUGUUGUACACCAGCACCCAAACCAUGCUGCCCACCAGCACCUAAACCAUGUUGCACCCCAGCUCCCAAACCAUGCUGUCCACCAGCACCUAAACCAUGUUGUCCACCAGCACCCACUUGCUGCCCCAAUCCAUGCGAAGAACCCGAACCAGCCUGUCCAGAAGACAAUUUCUGCUGCGACUUUCAAGAUUGCUUGCCCAAGUUGCUCAACUACCUAAACUGUGAACUCGCCAAGUGCCCUCAACCAUGUCCAGAGGUGACCCAAUGUUGCCCAGAUCCAUGCCAACCAGUGGAACCUUGUUGUCCACCAGAACCCACUUGCUGUCCCAAGCCAUGCUGCACUCAACAAGUCAAACAAACGAAGCCUUCAACCAACAGACGCUGUUGCUAG